CAAGUUACAACCGUCACCGACAAAAAUUCUACAAGACCCUCCGAAAGAAAUCUUAAGGAGUGCCCACAACGUUUCAUGCAUUGUGGUGAUAAGUUGGAAUACUGCUUGGAAAUUGACCAACUCGUAAGGUACCGCACUCCGGCCAAUUCCGGCCAUUGGCUGAAAUAAUAUGGAUCCCACCGACAGCCAAGUUUACCUUAAAAUCUCAUCGGAAGCCGAAAUUCCCGAUGCUGUUGCGGAUAUUAUUAAUGGUUGGAACAUCGGCAGUCCGGAUAUAAUUUUGUCCGUACUCACCGGACAUGAAAGCAGCUAUCUAUGGCGGCAGGCAGUCCAUCGAGCUGCUUUCCAAAAAUCUAUAAUAAAGCUGACCAACAGCGGUAGCACGCUAGUAAUCGACGAUGGAUUAAACCAUGGCCUAUCGGCCGUGAUCAGCGCGGCCAUCCGGGACGAACAGUUCUACAACUCGGAGUUUGCGACAAAAGACCGCCCGGCUACCAUAACCCGCCUUAUUGGUAUGGUUCCCACUUCGAUUGUGGGUACCAAUAAGAGAUCCGGCAACAAUGAACCGGGAUACGGAUUAGAUAACAAUCACACCCACUUUGUCUUGCUAAAUGAGCCAAGAAGUCACGCGUAUGGAUUUCGAGUCCAGGUUGAGCGGGAACUGCGUACCCAAUUAGGUAGACUGGGACACAAAAGUCAUGCAGCUCAUCAGCUCCCUGUUAUUGAAAUCGUGAUGUUCGUGCAAGGAGGCAUCGAGGAACUAGAACAAGUCGAAUCCUAUCUUAACGAAGAUGUCCAGGUUAUGCUUCUUCAAGGGUGCAAUGGGACAGCCGAUGUCUUGGCCGGAAGCAUCGAACACUGGAACGGUUCGUUGGACGAAGCUUUUUACAACAAUGUGGAUUAUCUUAUUGAUCGUGUGAUGUUCGCGCAAACCAAACCAACUGACAAGGAACGUCGGCACAUUGCGGAAACAAUUGCGGAUAUUAUCUCUCUGUCGCAAGCUUCAGGAUUACUGAAAGUAAUCAAUGCCCAGGAAAAAGAAUCUAUAUCUGGAAUGGAUGCCGGUAUUUUGCGCAGUGCGAUGGAACGUUGUCCAAAAGUUAGCGAACCUUUUGUCCUUGAGCGGAACUGGCUUUUGGCGGUGCAAAACAACCAAAUCGAACUAGCUACCGAUAUUCUGUUGGCGCAGUAUCCCUGGUCUGCUAUGGAGAUACCGUAUGCUGCAUUGAUGGAGGCUUUAGUUUUACCGGGACGAGAAGCUUUCGUGGACAUCAUGUUACAACAGAUGCCGGUUCGCCAUUUCUUAUCUCACAUGGACUAUCUGAUGUUGUAUCAAAACACACUGGAUGAUGAAUUUUUUGUUGAAAGAGUUUGGGACCAGGUGUUGCAGCAUCAUGCCAAUGACCCGAUCACGGAAGCGUUCCUUUAUACCGAAUUAAAUCCAGUAAUUUACAAAUUAAGCGGCAUUAAGGAUUACAUCAACCUGCGUGAAAUGUCUACAAAUGCGUUGGGCCUAAGCACAGCGGAUGCUACUUCCCAGGAUCGCACGGCGCUUAAUGCUUUGAUUGUUUAUGCAACCCUGUUUAACCGUGUGGAAUUAAUCAAGAUCCUCCUAAAGUUCAGCAUAGAUCCGGUGCCACAAGCCAUUUUUGUAGCGCUACUUUUCCGCAGUUUAGCUGGUCAUAAUCCCGAAACAGACGUCCAUGCCGAACUAGUUCAAAAUUCUAUUGACUUCGAUAAUCUCGCUACUGACCUGUUCAAUUUGGGAUAUAAUGACUUCCCAGAACGGUGUCACGGGUUGUUAUCGCGAAAGUUACCGGAGUUCAAUAAUUUGACCACUUUGGAGAUGUCAUACAAGGGAUUCUGCUUGAAAUUUCUAUCGCACCCAGCAAUACAACAGUUUGUGGAAGAUUUCGCUUUCGGGUUUGUUCGGUACCGCGGCUCAUAUGGCUAUCUCAAGAUGCUUAUAUCGGCUUUUACCGUCUGUCCAAUGUAUAAAUGGCUGACCUUUCCCAUGUUAACUGACCGACAGGCCGCUGUGGACCUUGAUAAAAUUCAUGAUGAAAUGAAAGAACCAACCGAUGAAGAAGAUAUCAAACGGUAUAUCACCAACUUGCGCCAUAACCGCCAGCCUGACACUGUAACUCGCCUGCAGCAGCCGCGAGCCCAACAUCCGCCGGUUUGGCAAAUGACACAAGCAGUGUGGCAGAGUCCAGUGGUCAAAUACUGGAUUUGGUUCAUUACCUAUCAUCUCUUCUUAAUUUUAAUUGGUGUGGAUAUCAUGCUCCCACCCUGCAUGUAUGUGGGCGUCGAUAUUGCUGUGUUCGCUUGUACCGCCCUGAUUUGGCUGGAUUUGGUGCUAAAAACGCUGAAGGAUUAUCUAUAUGGGGCGGAAAUGAGUCUGACGUACCGCGGCAUCCAUUUCUUCUAUCAAACAGCAUGGAAUAUUCUUUUCUUUCUGUACCGUAUCGAACCGUUUCGUGAAACACAACCCUUUUCGGGAAGAAUAAUUUUGGCAUUCGGUGUUUUGUAUUAUUACUACAUCGUGUGGGAUCUGUUUUUAUACUUCCCACACCUCACGGCAUCGGUCGUGCGGCUAUUGAAGAAGAACAUGCUGGUCGAUUUAUUCCGUUGGAUUAUUCUGAUGUUACCACUAUUGCUUGCUACCGGCGUUGUCUGGCAAGCCAUCACCACGCCCGACUGGCCAUUUACAGGCGAUGACUGGCGGCACGCGUUCUACCGGAGUAUCUUUACACUAUUUGGAGGAUUUUUCUACGAACUUGAUUAUGAUCCCACCUGUGAAGCCCAAAAUAAGAUUGAUUGGAAAAAUUUUACUCAACCGGACAGUGCAGUCCCUCACGAUCGGUGCUGGUUGGGCGAUUACAACUCGUACUCCUGCCAAACGGUUUCCGUAUGGAGCUACAUCUUUGUAAUCCAUUACUAUUUCCUGCUGAAACUGGCUAUGCUGACAGUGCUAAAUGCCUACUACCUGCAUACCAAUAUGCGCCUAGCUCCACUGGCCGAUUUAUUAUGCCGCUACAAACGCUUUCAAACCAUAAUGAACUACGCCCAGCGAUCAGCACUUCCCUGGCCAUUCAGCGUUUUCGGCUAUCUGAUCCAAAUUGUAACCUUUAAGAAAUCCAAGCGCACCAGACUGAUUAAGGCUGAGGAUGCACAAAAGUUUGUCACUGGCGUUGACCUCGAAGCAUUCACCUACUGGCGCGCUAAAGCAAUGCAAUUCUUUGCGCAGAAGGACAGAGAAGGUGCUUCGGACACCGCAUUCGAAGGACAUCGGGAUAAGUUGCGCAAUGUUCAGAAUUUAGUAGCGUCUCUCCAUUCAAAGAUCGGGUUUUUGGACUCCAAACUGCGGAAGUAAUUUAGCCACAUGAUGACUGCAAAAUGAGUUUUUAAUUUAUACUAAUCCAUCCUGUUGACGAUGACGAUUCACGAAUGUGUACUGCAAUAGCGUAAUACUUCUAAUAAUAUACUUGGAUACUUCUGGAAUGGCGGUCAAUGAUUUUUGGGCAUGCUAACAGUAUACGAGUAUAUACUGGAAAAAUUUGUUUCCGGAAAAAAAAUCACCUUUAUUGAUUAAAAACUACAAU